AUGUCCUCCAAAGCCCUGGCACCCCCCUUCUCGCGUCUCCCACCCGAAAUCAUAACACUCAUCGCCCAACAAGUAAAAGAAUCCAUCCGCUUCGAACCCGCACCGUUCGACUUUCGAUGGACGCUCCCCAAACCCUGGGUAUCCACAAUUCACAACUGCUGCCUCGUCUCCAAACUCUUCUACACCCACUUCCGCCCACACCUCUACGCCUCCAUCUGCGCCGAAACCGUCGAGCACAACGGGCACAUCCGCUCCGGCGCCUACUUUCUCCAAAAACUCUACGAACUCCUCCAAAGGGAGCCACACAUCGGAGCAUGGAUCAAAGAAUUCAGGGUGAACAUCGUGGAUCACACGAAUAUACUCUUCCUCUCUAGUGGAACCGCUCGGGAACGCGAGCAGAGACAGGCGGCGCAGCACGCCAAAUGGGCAGCACAGGACAAAAUCCUCGCAGACGUCCUGGACAAGAUGCCUAAACUCGGUGAACCCCUCAAAGCAUCCUUCCACCGUCUAUUCAGUUCACGAAGCCUAACACACGUUGAUAUCCGCUCCGUUAUCUUCCCCCCAUCCUUAAUCUUCUCAGCGCCCUCUUUGGUCGAGGCGAAUCUGUGGUACAGAGCAGAGUGCUCGUAUCGCUGGAAGAAAAUGUUGCAGAAGAUGGAGACGGAGGGUGGGGCGAAGCAGCCAGAUCUGGAGCUUUUACCGAGCUUGAAGAGUUUUGCGUCUGACGACCCGUAUACGCUAGUCCCAGAUACCUGUAUCACGCGGUGGCCUGGCGCCUUUAAGACCCUGCGCUACCUCAGACUCUACAGCUCAGUCGACUCCCUAAAAGCCAUCCAAAAGUUCAUCGACUCAUCCGGCGAAACACUGAAGGAGGUCCAACUCGUAAUGGGCGUAAACAAAUACAUAACACACAUGAAAACCCUCGACUUGACACCUCUCAAAACGCUCAAACACCUCAACCUCUCCUACCACGGUAUACCCGUCCAAAUCCCCGAAACAUUCACGACCUCCAUCUCCUCAACCCUCGGCUCCCUCCACGAAACAGCAUCCUGCUUCAAAUCCUUCGACCUCGCCAUGACCUGGCUGUGCUGGGAAGACUUCGGCGCUCCCCCGCCCAACCCGCCUCCCCUAAACCUCGCACCCCUCUUCCGGCACAUCGACGACCGACUCGCGUUCCUCGCGGACAAGGAAAGGUUCCCCGGGAUGAAGCCCGUGGAGAUGAAGCUCGGGUGCGUGUGCCAUAGGUCAGAGUGUAGAGUGCAUCGGGGACUUUUGAACAUGUACUCUGAGGUCGAGAGGUGCUUGCCGCAGCUGACGGAGAAGGGACUCGUCAAGCUGAACGUGUUGGGGAGGAAGUAA